GGCCUUUGUGUUCUUGAACUCUUGCCUUAUUUCUUGACUCUGGUCCCCUUCGUAACAGGCUUGUCCUCUUACCCUCACCCCAUCCUUCCCCGUCCAAUGCCGUACAAGCUCUCCGCUACUUUAUCAGCUCACUCAUCAGAUGUUCGAGCCGUAGCGUCCCCAACAAAUACUCUCGUUCUAUCUGCUUCCCGGGAUUCAACAGCGAUAUCCUGGUUCAGAUCAUCGUCUUCCUCGCCUUUCGCUCCAGCUGCCAUCCUGAAGGCGGGGACGAGAUAUGUCAAUGCAGUAGCAUAUAUCCAACCAUCACCAGACGCCCCGCAAGGAUAUGCGGUUGUGGGAGGGCAAGACACGGUUAUCAACAUAUUUUCCCUCGACUCGCCCAACCACGAAGAUCCUCAGUUUUCUCUUCUAGGCCAUACAGACAAUGUCUGCGCUUUAGAUGUAUCAACUCAAGGCACAAUCAUUUCGGGUUCUUGGGAUAGAACUGCCAAAGUAUGGAAGAAUUAUCAAUUACAAUAUGACCUAACAGGACAUCAACAAUCCGUAUGGGCAGUUCUUGCUAUCGAUGAGCAGCAAUUUUUGACAGCGUCCGCUGACAAAACCAUUAAAUUCUGGAUUCAACACAAAGUGAUGCGGACUUACCAAGGACACAAAGAUGCGGUUCGUGGCUUGGCUUUAAUACCUGACAUUGGCUUUGCCUCCUGUUCCAACGAUAGUGAAAUUCGCGUUUGGACGAUGGAAGGCGAUGUUGUGUAUUCUCUUUCGGGCCAUACUUCUUUCGUGUACAGUCUUUCGGUGUUGCCCAGCGGCGAUAUCGUUUCCGGAGGGGAAGAUCGCACGGUUCGGGUUUGGCGUGACGGUGAAUGUACUCAGACGAUUGUUCAUCCCGCUAUAUCAGUGUGGGCUGUGUCUACCAUGUCAAACGGUGAUAUAGUGAGCGGAUGUAGCGAUGGUGUCGUUAGAGUAUUCAGCGAGUCUGAGGAUCGAUGGGUGGGCGCUGAGGACAUGAAAAUAUAUGAAGACCAAGUUGCUAGUCAAGCCCUACCAUCUCAGCAAGUCGGAGAUGUGAAAAAGACCGAUUUGCCUGGCCCAGAAGCUCUCAACAGUCCUGGUAAGAAGUCGGGUGAAGUGAAAAUGAUAAAGAACGGGGACAUUGUCGAGGCACAUCAGUGGGACAGCUCUUCUGGCACCUGGCAGAAAAUCGGUGACGUUGUUGACGCCGUUGGUUCCGGGCGCAAACAACUUCAUGAAGGCAAGGAAUAUGACUACGUUUUUGAUGUUGACAUCCAGGAUGGUGUCCCCCCUUUGAAGCUGCCCUUUGAUGUCACAGACAAUCCGUACGCUGCCGCACAACGUUUUCUCGAGCGUAAUGAGCUGUCGCUAAACUAUAUUGAUGAGGUUGUCCGCUUUAUUGAGAAGAACACGGCGGGAGUAAAUCUUGGAAGUGGUGGAAAUGAAUACGUUGAUCCUUAUACCGGUGCAUCCAGAUACCAGGGUUCGGCGGCUCCUGUUCCUACUGCUGCACCGCCUUCCUCGUAUAUGGAUCCGUUCACAGGAGCGUCGCGAUACAGUGGUGCCCCUGAGCCUUCUGUGCAUGUGCCUGCACCCCCACCAUCGUUACCUGUCCCAAACAUCAUUCCGUUUACUAAAUUUGUAUCUUUUAAACAGGCUAAUGUCUCAGCCAUGCAAAUGAAAUUGUAUCAGUUUGAUGAAGCAUUGCGGCACGAGAUAUCGACAGCAUCUCUCGCGAUGUAUCCUGAAGAACACAUGAUGAUUGACGAAGCGUUUACGUAUCUCUCUCAAGCGAUAUCAUCGCCCACACGACCCUCUUCUGCCCUGGGAUCCCCCCACGUUGAAGCAAUAAUACAAAUUCUAGACAGAUGGCCUGCUUCUCAGCGUUUUCCUGUGAUGGAUUUGAGUCGUCUAGUAACUGCAUUCUGCGCCAAUGCGGCUGCGGCUCCAGGUGGACGGGAGAGAUUCUUUGAAUGCUUAUGCAAGGCUUCUGACUGGACGGACGUUCAACGUACGAAGCCCUUUUCGAAAGCACAAGAGAUCAACAUGUUAUUACUAUUCCGCACGCUAGCAAAUGCCUUUCAGGAAGGUACACCAAUUGCCGACGGGCGGUGGGUCCCUCAGGUUUUCGAAGCACUGAGCCAAGCACCUUACAACUUCUUAACGAAGCCGCAGCGCGUGGCUCUAGCCACUAUCUUGUUCAACUUCUCUUGUGCAUAUUUGCAGACACCGGUUGCGACAACCGUGCGGACGCAACAUCUGUCCUUGAUCCUACAGUUGCUGCGGUCGGGUAAUAAUGACUCGGAGGUCGUCUACCGCUCCUUGGUUGCACUUGGCAACGUGGCAUACGGCGCAAAGAAGCAUAAUGCCAGUAUUGACUCCACCCAAUCACAAGAACUGAAACAAUACGUCGCUGGGGUCCCUCAAGCUUUCCCGGAGGACAGGAUCAAGAAUGUCGUCUCAGAGAUCGUCGGACUUCUAUAAUGCGACCCCAAAUUCAAAGUACCAUCUUGACGAUCAAAAUUCAUAGUCGAAAAUUAUACCGAUUCUCUUCUGUUUCGUUUGGGCUAGAAGAUAUACAAGAUAGAAUGUACAUGAUCAUGACGUUGUUCUAGUGUUCAGCUGCGUGGGCACUGCUGGUGUAUUUGGGCAAUGUGUGACGGACUUUUCCCGCUAAUCUCUUGUUAUAUCGAUAACAUUGUAUUGUGAUGAUGUAUUUCCGUGUCAAUGCUGCUUCCCCUUAUUCUUAGAGUAUGAUAGAGUUCAUGAUAGU